AUGGCUUCAUCGUAUGCUCUUCCAGCAUCUGCAAUUCAUGGCCACGUCCACCCACAUUCGCACGCCCACUCCCAGUCACAUUCGGCGUCACCAAGUCGACCUUUUGCAGGAAAUACAUCGAGGCAAUUGAGGUCGGAACGGUCGAGUAGCAGUCUGCACAUGCAUUCUGCGUCGGAAUCGAGCGUCAACCACAGUUACGAUUCGGACACAAACCACAAUCAUGAUCGAUUGUCUCGAAUAACGAGUCCCUCGACUAGCAAUGGCUAUGCGCCGGUAUACGGACAAUUCGAGGAUCGUAAAGUCAAUCAUGGUCGGCCGCUAUCCUAUGUUGGCUCACACGAGUCUUUCAACCAGACCAAUACAAUAAAACACACCCACUCCCAUCAUGACCACGAUCACCACGAUCACCACGACCACAGCCAUGACCAUAGUCAGCAUGAUCACCAUCAUGAUAAUGGCCACGAUCACGACCACCACAAACACAGUAUCUUAGUCGAUCCAAGAUCCAAAUUUACGGCGCUUCUUCUGCCUUUAAUACAAAAUUACCCACUUUUACACACAAUCAUGUCCGAGAAGGAUUCGAGAAGGAUAUUUUACUUUAUGAGUCUCAAUUUUGCGUUUAUGAUGGUACAAGCAUUCUAUGGAUACAUUACAGAUUCGCUGGGGUUACUGAGUGACAGUAUACAUAUGUUUUUCGACUGCUUGGCAUUAGGCGUCGGAUUAUUUGCGGCGGUGGCGAGUAAAUGGCCGCCGAGUCAACGGUUCCCAUAUGGUUUUGGCAAAAUCGAGAGCUUGUCAGGGUUUGGCAAUGGGGUGUUUCUGAUGCUCAUCAGUGUUGAGAUCAUGAUAGAGGCCACCGAGCGAUUGUCUGAUGGACGUGAAACCAAGAGACUUCUCGAGUUAUUCGUAGUUAGUGGUAUGGGGCUAGCAGUGAAUUUGGUGGGGAUGGCAUGUUUUGGACACCACCAUCACGGCCAUGAUCACGGAGAUCAUAGCCACGGACACUCUCACUCGGACGAAAAGGCUCAUUCUCACGACGACGACCACAGUCAUGACCAUAAACAUGAUUGCAGCCAUGGUGACCAUGACCACAAGCAUGAGCACAAAAAUCACUCCCACUCCCCUCUGCUACCCGCUUCGAAGCCUGAAGCAGACCAUUCCCACAGUCAUGCUGACCAUGGGCACUCUCAUGGACAUAGCCACGACAACGAGAAUAUGCAUGGUAUCUUCUUGCACGUUCUUGCUGACACUAUGGGAAGCGCGGCUGUGAUGGUUUCCACGGCGUUAAUUUACAUUUCCGGAUGGUCCGGCUGGGAUCCUAUCGCUUCUUGCAUAAUUGCAAUCCUCAUUUUCCUCUCGUCAAUACCGCUUAUCAAGUCUACGGCCAAGAAAUUACUCCUAACAAUACCGGACGACGUUGAGUACAAUCUCCGGACGACUCUUUCGAGCGUUAGUGAUCUUCGUGGCGUAGCGAGCUAUUCAGUCCCCAGAUUCUGGUUGGGUGACAAGAAUGCUGAGGCUGAGAACGUGGGCGUACUUGGUGUAAUGCACAUCGUUGCCACACGUGGCUCGGAUUUAGACGACGUUCGAGAACGCACGCGCGCAUUGUUGAGGAGUCACGGUAUCGACGUUGUCGUACAGGUGGAAAAAGACGGAGAUAACAGCUGUUGGUGCGGAGGAUCCGCCAGCCGGUCGCCCUCACGAUUUUAA